UUGUGGCAACUCUGGUGACAACUUGUCACUUGAAAGUCAUGAUAAUUUUUUUUAAGAGAAUCGCUUUUCUUUUUUGACGAUGGACGACUCGUUUUUCGGAUUCGAUUCGACAAUACCGGAUGACGAUGGCGGCGACGGCGGUCCUAUGGUCGAGGAAGAGUACGAUGCCUUGAACGAUGAAACAUUUGGGUCUGCCAUAAAUGGCGAUUGGGAGGAAGCCCACGAAUCGCUUGUGCGGCUUGGGGGGAGUGGCGAGAAAAUUCGCAGAAGGCGCCUUGAUGGAGACGGAUUAGAAGUUGGUAAUCUUAUUGAGCACGGAGGCAACGGGGAUUUGAACUUUCGGCAACAACAUGCCCACCUGAAUUCAUCGGCUCCCACAUCCUCAAGCAGCUCCACACCAGCGGCGCCGGCGGGACAAUUUAAUCUGUCUUACAACUCGCACUUUGGCGGUCCACGUAAUGUAGGUGGCUCCGAUGACUUAGAGCUCAACUUGUCGACAAUGAAGCUGGACGACGUUGACAUGUCCUCGUUUGGUGAUAGCGAUACCAAUGCCAGCGUGGGUAAUCGAGUCAACUUGGAUGCUGCUGUGUGGGCGGAACCAUUGUUCCGGGAUAAUUUACGUAGUGCGUUUAAGCCACAAAUAAAACCGAUGCCAGAGCCCAAUGCCAAUGUCCGAGUACAGCAAAUGCAACAUCCGGCUGUUCCUAAAAUCUCAACACUAGAGGAUAUUGAACGCAACUUGAUCAUACAACAAGCAAUACAGAAACAACAACAACAACAGCAGCAGCAACCACAACAACAACAGCAAAUCUCAGAUCGUAAGAUCUUUGAUGACUUUAACCUGGCCAAUAGGCAUCAUUCGGCCACACCAACUUUACCCCAACAUAUGCAACAGCAGCAGCAGCAACUACCACCACAGCAACAACAGCCACAACUGCAACAGCACAAAGCUCCCCCUGGAUUCCUAGCUGGUCAACAACAGACAUCUCCACCAAGGGCGAACAUGGGGUUCCAACCUUUACCGGGAUCGGGACAAAUGGGACCUGGUCCUAUGCCAGGUCCUGGUCCUGGUCCUGGCCUAAUGCCAACACCACAAUCGCAGCAGCAACAGCAGUUAAACGGAAUGCCUGGAAAUCGAGCGCCGCCUGGAUUUAUAUAUCCACCAAAUAUGUCGGCAAAUCUGCCACAACAUCAUCCACUACUCCAGCAGCACUUUCCGCUUGGUGUCAAUCAGCGACCACUGCCAAAUCCACAUCAUCUGCCCACAGCACUCAACAACUUUGCCAUGCAUCCCAGCUUUAAUGCAAUGCGAGCCUCUGGCAUGCAUCCAGCGGCAGCGGCGCAGGCUUUUAUGCAACAACAGCAACAACAACAGCCUCGCAUCCCGCCCCAACAAAUGCACCCAAACAAUCUGCUCAAUCAGCCGCCCAACUCAAUGUACAACAUGUUUAAUAUGCGACUUGUGCAGGAAAUCCAACAGAAUCAUCCACUGCUUCAGCAUAAUGCUGUAGUAUCACGCCAACAGCAACAGCAGCAACAACAAAAUCGUGCCGGAUCCGUGAUGAGUGAUCGCCAGAAGCUGCAGCAACAGCAACAGCUUCAAUUGCAGCUCCAGCAACAGCAGCUUAUCAAUCGUCGCAAUGACCCGAGCGGCGUCGUAGGCUUGGGAGCAAAUGGUAAUCUUCCCCAGAAUGAUUACGAUGAAUACGCCAACCUUAUGAGUACACGCGACAAACAUUGGCUGAUCGGAAUUCAAUUGUCCCAAUUGAAUACGGACACCCCUUACAUUGAUGACUACUACUACACUGUGUACAGGGAGCGCAAGGCCGAGCAAAAUGGUCAAGUGCGUCAUAGUCAGGCGCACAAGGAUAAUCAAUUGAAUCAUCCAUUGACCCAGCCCAGGGGCCAUGCUCAGUUGAUUCUUGUUCAGUUGGGCAACAAGAAUGGAUCACGCAAUGGCCAUGGGCAUCGUGAGCGUCGCAAUUCUGAAAAUACUAGUGGCAAUCACUCAACUGGCGGCGGUUCGAAUAGUGGGAGUGGCAGUGGUGUGGGCGGUAAUACCAAUAAUAUACCCAAUUACAUUUUCUCCCCAUUGAAAUUUGAGAAUUCCCUGGGCAAACUGCAAUAUGGCAGUGUGACAGCUCCAAGGAAAAUAAUUGAUGCCGAUAUUAUGGGCAGUGAUGCAACGGCAGAUGGUAGUACCGCAUCGUCCGGAUCGACCACAUCAAGAACCACAAAUGCUGCCAAUGUUAAGUCCAAUGCAGAUACUCCAUUGCUACCGGGCACUGGAACUGGCUGUGAGGUGACACCGAGCAGCAUGCGUAAAUCGCGUCACAUUUUGCUGCACAUUGAGACACUUUAUCGGUAUCUAUUGAAACUGGAGGACCUGGAGAAUCCAGAUGUUAUGGCGACUAUAGUGUUGAAAAAGAAGAAGGAAGCCGAACGCAUUGCCGCACUAGAACAACUUGAGAUGGCCCACAAGACACCAGAAGAACGUGCCGCCGAGGCUGCGAAUCCGCAGUCCAUGAAUCCGCAGCUUAAAAACAAAUUUAACUAUGAAAUCGAGCCAAGUGCUGUGCUGGUGAAUAAAUUAAAGGCGGGCUUAACAUUCGAUAAAGUUCUCGCCAUGAUGAAUGUGAGAAAGGGCAAGAUACUCUUACGCCGGAUUAUGCCAUUCAUUUCGGGUCAGAGUGUAUGCUGGACUGUCUGGAGCGGUAUAUUCUGUUCUCUACAAAAUGUCGUUAAGAAGGACAGAGACGAUAUCGAGGGAAUAGUCUAUGCUCUUUAUCCUGAGUUUAAGAAACACAUUGGCGAUGCCAAUUUCGAAACGCUGGUUACUCUUUCGUCAGCUGUGACACUCAAUGACAAGAAGUUGACUGGCAUCUUUUGUAGCCGCUUUGGCAUACUGUCGCUGGUUGCUUUAAUUCUACGUGCACAAGCCAUUUACGUGUCUGGCAGUGAUGCAACAUUUGGUGAGGAGAAUAAACAAAAGUGGCGAGAAUUUCUGGCCCAGGUUGCAUCCUGCUUGAAUCGCACCAUACAAAAUCAGACCAUUUCAGCAGCCAUUGAAUCGGAUGCAAUCCAACCGCUAAUGGAUCAUUUUGCGCGAUUUAAAGAUUUAAAAUUAGAUGCCCUAUUGGCCUUAAUAACCGAGGCCAAACAUCAGAUCGAUUAAGUUACGGAAGUAUGUUUUGGGGUUUUUAUUUUUUGUUUUUAUUAUCGUGUCUUCAUUUUUCGCGCGCGCAAUUUUGUAUGUUAACGAAAUUUGUACGAUUUUUAUAUAAGCAAAAACAAAACAAACAAAAAAACAAAACUCUAAGUUCGCUUUGUUCAUUCGAUCCAAUGUAUAUGCAUAUGUAUUGUGUGUAAGAAUUAUGUAUCAAUUACUUACAUAUGCAUUUCUGUGUUUACUUUAACACGUUCUACACGUCGUAAUAAGCAAAAAAGAUUGCAAACAUCAGGGUAUAUCGAAAUCUCUCUCGCUAGGAGUAGAUUUUGAAGUCACUUGAUAAAUGUACUCAUGAAUUAUAUAUACAUAACUAGGUUUUGAAAGCAAAAGAAAAAAACACAAAUUGUUAAAUUAAAAUACUUCUUUUAUCCAAAUUAAUAUGCACUUUACGAAAAGAAACAACAAGAAUUUCUUUUUAAUGGCAUGAUAAGUUUUGCUCAUUGUACAUAUAUCAUUUUUGUAAUUGAUAAGGAAAACUUGUCCAGCAUUUUCUUUUGAUAGAGAUUUAUAUAGAAUUGAGCGACCUCCCUGUUUCAUUACAAUUCCUUUUUUUUUUUUUUAUAUGUAUACGUAUAUAUGAUUUUAAUUGUUAGCAUUACAAUGGAAAUUGCAUAGAGUUUACUUAAGUUUAGACAUUUUUAAAGCACCUAAAACGCAUACAGGCAUUCAUCAUCUUUGCAAAACAUAUAUAUCGUUUAUAUACAUAAUUAAGUCGAUGCAUGGAUACAGAAAUACAAGCAUAGAAAAUAGCUAACUACGUAAUUAAUUUGCUGGAUCUGUAAAUAUCGGUCGUAAAAUGUUUCAUUGAAAUUAAAGUGAUGAUAUAGGGUUUAUUUGAAUCAAAAGCGUUCAUCACGACGAAGACAUUCAGCAUAAAUGUUAUUUGCAUUGUGAGACAAGCACAUUCAUUAUUUAUUUGUUUACUAGAUAACAAAACAAAAAAAAUAACAAAAAACAAAAUCAAUGUUCAAAAUUGUGAUAAAUUUUGACUUUUGUAAGACAAAAAUUGUACUUGAAUUCAUUCAUCUUGUCCCCUAUUUAUCUAUAUAUUUUGAAAAACAACUAACGGAUAAAUAUUUGUUGUAAAUUCCGCUGUCGAAAGGGGUUUAAUUUUAUUGUAUCUUUUCUUUUUAUGCUUAUUUUCUGGUCUCUUAUAAUUUUCCCUCUUGAAAGUUGUCUAACUUCUUGUGUGUUAUAUGUUGUUUUUUUCGAUAAAUAUUUUAUUUUCAUGUGCUUUAUAAUAAUUGUAUUUAUAUAAAUUCGUAUUAACAUAUAUACUACUUGAAAAGUACGCUUUUUGGAAUCGAAACGAUAAAAUUGGGAGAAAAAAUAUAAAAAAAAAACAGACACACACACACAAAGUAAAACAUUGAAAAUAGAAUACCUAUUUAAGAAGAUAAAUGCUAUGCAAUAAUUAUGGUAGAUGUAUCUGUACAACAUGCAAACACUUCAAUAUUUUCUAUAUUUCAAAUAUGUUUGAUGAAUAUUAAACACAGAUAUAAAAUUUAUAUGAUUUCCGAGAGUUUAAUAAAUAAAGCAUAAAAUUUCACAGA